AUGGAUAUAUAUACUGGCACACUAGUCACUCUAAUACUAGCCAAUGUUGCCCUUGCAUCCUAUCGUCUCAACGAUAAUGAAGGAAGAGCAGGCCUGCGGGAAUUGACUAGCAGCGUUUCUGGGUUAUUCAGGGGUCAAGCUCAUGAUCAGCAGAAUAGCAAAGGGCUUGCCCUGAUUUUCCUUCCUGUUUAUGUGCUUGCAAUGGCUUCGGACUGGAUGCAGGGCCCCUAUUUCUUCCCGUUAUACAAAGAAACUCUUCAGCUGCAUGAUCAUAUCAUUGCAACCCUCUUUGCCACAGGGUUCAUAUCUGGAGCAUUCAGUGCCUCAUUUGUUGGCAAGCUUGCUGAUGUUUUUGGGCGUCGAAAAGCCUGCCUAGCGUUCUGUGUGAUAUACAGCCUAUCCUGCAUCAUGACAGUUUCAUCUUCGAAUGUCCUUAUUCUAUUCCUUGGGCGAGUCCUUGGUGGUAUAGGGACGACUCUCCUCUUCACUGUUUUCGAGGCUUGGCUUGUUGCUGAAUUUCAUCAAAAGAAGGCCGCGAGCGAUUCAACAGAGCUAAACCAGCUAUUGGGAACGAUGACUGUCCUUAGUGGAAUGGUUGCAGUGUUAUCUGGGCUUCUGAGCAAUUACCUAGUCUCAAUCACGGGCUCAAGAAGAGCCCCGUUUCUUGCAAGUCCUGUCUGCCUCUUACUGGCCUCUUUGUUGAUUUUAGGGACAUGGGUACGUAUUGACACCUUAUCGUAA